CAGGAAAGGCAAAACAACACCAGGGAGGUCACACUGAGCUCACGUUUCCUGCCCACGCUCUUACACAAGUAAAAGAGGAUCCUAAAAGCCAGAUUCGAGCCUCUGGCAGGAUGGGAACAGAAGCAGCUCCUCUGCCUGGAAUUGCCUGGAAUGGGUAUUUAAGCAAUUUUAGACAUCGAGCAACAACAGGGAGCCACUUGCCCAACGCAACAUCAAAGGUGGCAAACCCCACUGCCACCUCACUGGAUGCCGCCAAUUCGAGCGACUACCUGUACGAGUACUUGGAUGAGAGGGAUUACAUGCAGUAUGGCCUCUGCACAAAAGAAGAGGUACUCUCCUUUAGCAGAGUAUUCUUACCAUCUUUUUACACCAUGAUCUUCCUGGUUGGAUUGGCUAGCAAUGUCCUCCUAUUUAUUGUCCUCGUUAUGCACAUCAAGAAGAAAAAGAAGAUGACCGAGGUGUUUCUGCUGAACCUGGUGGUUUCAGACUUCUUCCUACUACUAACUCUGCCUUUCUGGGCUCUGUACAUUUCUCAGUGGAUGACCUGGGACAUAGUGUGCCCAGUCUUAAAUGCCAUGUACACUAUGAAUUUCUACAGUGGUAUCUUUUUUGUAAGCUGCAUGAGUCUGGAUGUGUAUCUGCAGAUAGUUCAUGCUUGCUCUCCUCACAGCUCCAUGGCAUGGAAGAAUUACAUCCUUGUCUUGCUGGUGGUAUGGGUUCUUUCCAUACUUCUCUCCAUUCCUGAUGGCCUCUUCACCAGCACAAGGCAAAUCCACAACAAGUCUGUCGUAUGUGCCCAUGAUUAUGGCCAGAAACACUUAUUUUGGAAAAUUGUCUUUCGUGUAAUUCAAAACAUCCUGGGUUUCCUUUUUCCCUUCCUCUUCAUGGUGUUCUGCUACUCCCGCAUAGCAUGUGUCCUCACCAUUUCUCAGAUGCCUGGCUCAAGGAGAGCACUCUGCUUAGUCUUUACUCUGGUGGGUGUCUUCUUUGUCCUGUGGUCCCCUUACAACGUUGUCCUCAUCCUUCACUCCCUGCAAGAUGUCGGUGUGAUCAGGAGCUGUGAAAGCAGUAGGCAAUUGGAUUAUGCCAUGCAGAUCACGGAGAGUUUGUCCUUGGUCCACUGCUGUCUCAACCCCUUGCUCUAUGCUUUUGUGAAAAAACGAUUCAGGGUAUAUUUAUGGAAGAUCCCUCAGGCCAUUUUCAAGAGAAGCGCUUUCUUUGACAUCAAGCCCUCAGAGACAAGUCGGUCUUGCAGCAGAUACUCAGCUGAGAUAGAAAUGUUGAGUAUCACAAAUGCACGAUAAAUACUUACAUUACAUGUAUGCCCUCUAUGCUGUAUUUUACUGGUCCUGGCUGUAAAAUCGUACGGAACAGAGACAGUGGGUUAUUUUGACAUUGAUAAGAUGUCUUAGUUGCUUUUUUAUUUGUUCUAUUACUUAUACCUUGUUUUUACUCGUUCGGUUUCAAAGGUUCUUUUUGUGCAACAGGAAGGGGGAGAUGCAGGAGCGGGCUGGAAACUAGGACCACGCGUGGCAAUCAGUUAGCUGAGGGGAAUGUGCUCGAGCUUGUCUAGACAACAAUUAACAUGAUGAGACAUGUUUACAGAGCACAGGGGAGUGGGAGACGGAUGGUGCCAAGGAAAGGUAACACCUUGCUGUUAAUUGAUAGUAGUUAACCACCAAUCGGGGAUGGCCUAGUAUGCAAUGCUUAGCUUCAAGAACCAAUCUGUUUAAAACGCGCAGCUUCUGAAAGUGUAUAUAAACUCGUGCUUCUGUACAAGAAAUUGACAUUUGCUUGCA